AUGGAAUUUGAACCACCUGACCUUCAGUGGUACUUGUUUCAUUAUUGGCUGUUUCUAUGUUUUCAAGUUAUUGUUGAAGAUGCUCCUGUUUUUGUAAAAGUUGUCGUUGUUAUUUUUGUUGGAGUGGUUGCGAAUUGGGUUGCAGUAGUGGUGUUUGACUUUCGUCUUGCUGUGUUCUUGAGCAAGUGGUGUCCUGAGGGAUCGUAUGGUUCUGGCUGUAAAGAGAGAUGCACCUGUCCUUUUCGUUGGAAUUGUGACAGAGUCAAUGGAAAAUGCCCCUAUGGAUGUCCAGCUGGCGAGUAUGGACAAUAUUGCACCAAAACAUGUAGAUGUUCUGGUUAUGACAACUGCAACCCGAUUUAUGGCACAUGUCCUAGAGGCUGUGCAUCUGGAUACAGGGGUUACGACUGUCAGCAAAGGUGUCCUGGUGGAAGGUAUGGUACUGGCUGUAAUGAGGAAUGCAACUGUCGAGAUAAGGACGUGUGUGACAGAGUCACUGGAAUAUGUCCACAUGGAUGUCCACCUGGUUUCAAGACAGGCGCUUGUAAAGAAGCAUGCUCUAGCGGCACAUAUGGAGAUAACUGUAGUAAAACCUGUCAUUGUAUUGACGACAGUUGCAACACAGUAUAUGGUCAGUGUGCUCAUGGAUGUGCAGCUGGAUAUCAGGGUAUAGACUGUCAAGCAUUCUGCGAUGAAGGCACAUAUGGACUACAUUGCAACAAAACAUGUAAUUGUAUUGAUGAUGACAACUGCAACCCGAUUCAUGGUGCAUGUCCUAAAGGCUGUGCACUUGGAUAUGGGGGUUCCGAAUGUCAGGAACCGAAUCUCCAUGGCUGUACCAUUUUUUCUAAGGUUGACCUCAUAUGUGCUUAUCAUCAAAUACCGGUCAACCCAGACGAUGUUCCUAAAACGGCUAUUACCACUCCUUUUGGUUGUUUUGAAUUUUUAUAUAUGAGUUUUGGUUUGCGGAACGCCACUAGUACGUUCCAACGUUUUAUAGAUGAAGUUGUUCGUGGACUUGAUUUUGUUUUCGCGUAUGUCGAUGAUAUUCUCAUCGCAAGUGAUACGCAUGAAAAUCAUCUCCAGCACUUGUCUCAGCUUUUUCAGCGUCUUCGCGACUAUGGUGUUCGCAUUAAUCCAGACAAGUGUGUUUUUGGGCAACCAUCUCUUGAUUUUCUCGGUCAUUAUAUUGAUUCGAGUGGAAUCAAACCACUCUCGUCUAAAGUCGAUGCAAUUCAGCGCAUCGCACCACCUUCUUCUUUGCGUCAACUUCGCCAUUUUUUGGGUAUAGUUAAUUUCUAUCGACGCUUCAUAAAUCGGUGUGCGGACAAGUUGUUUCCUUUAACGCAGUUGCUAAAGGGCAAUUCUAAAAAGGACGCCCGUCUUACUCUUUCAGCUGAAGCACUGUCUGCCUUUGAGUUAGUUAAAAAGGAACUAGCUUCAAUUCCUGUUUUAGCACAUCCAGCUCCUGAUGCUUCACUUACUUUAUCUGUGGACGCAUCAGAUUCUGCAGUUGGCGCUGUCUUGCAGCACACCGUAGAUGGUGAAACUAAACCUUUGGCUUUCUUUUCUUGCCAGCUAAAGCCGGCUGAACGCAGAUAUAGUACUUUUGAUCGAGAGUUACUAGCAAUCUAUCUGUCAGUUCGGCAUUUUCAGCACCAGCUCGAGGGACGAGAGUUUGUGAUUUAUACUGAUCACAAGCCCCUUACUUUUGCACUAUCUUCUAAAACGGAUAAACUCUCUCCUCGUGCUUUCCGUCACCUGGACUAUAUUUCUCAGUUUACAAGAGACAUUCGACAUGUGCCAGGGAAGGAGAACGUCCCAGCUGAUGCUCUUUCUAGACACCCUGUCAAUUCCAUUUCCUCUCCGGCAGAAAUUGACUUAACUGCUAUUUCGCAGGAUCAACCACCUUUAGCGGAGUUGGAUUUAACUUCGCCCAAGUUUAUCAAUUGUAAGUUUGCCUACCAACCGCUCCCUUCAGCAGAAGGCUCUAUUCUUUGUGACGUAUCCACCGGUUCUCCUAGACCGUUAGUACCUGAGAAACAUCAACGUUCUGUUUUUGAAGCUCUUCAUUCAUUGUCACAUCCGGGUAUCUCUGCCACAGUAAAGCUUGUUACUGCUCGGUUCUUCUGGCCCAAUAUGCGACGAUCGAUUACCUCUUGGGCACGCUCUUGUUUGAGGUGCCAGAGUGCUAAAGUCCAUAGACACGUUCGUGCUCCACUUGGACAGUUUUCUUCUCCUGAGGCCCGUUUUCGCUAUGUCCACCUUGAUUUGGUUGGACCAUGGCCUGUGAGUCGCGGGUUCUCAUAUAUUUUAACCUGUAUUGAUCGUUUCUCACGUUGGCCGGAAGCUAUUCCUAUAGCAGACAUUUCUGCUGAAACUGUUGCGAAAGCUUUCAUGUCUAAUUGGAUUUCUAGGUAUGGUGUACCGUCCAGUUUAACCACAGAUCGUGGUCGACAAUUCGAAGCGUUUUUAUUUCGUGAGUUAUCACGAAUCCUGGGAAUGCAUCAUAUACACACCACUAGUUACCAUUCCGCUUGUAAUGGGAUGGGGGAGCGUUUCCACAGAUAUUUUUCUGCCCUUCCUCCUAUGGGCCCUCGACACCAAAAUCCUUCUAAUGUGCCAUCAAAUCUUGAUUCUUGGACGCAUGUUUUUGUUCGUGAUGAUUCUGUCAAAGGACCUCUUGUUUCUCCUUAUAAAGGACCUUUUCGUGUGAUGUCUCGCACGUCGAAGUAUGGUUCUGGCUGUAAUGAGGAAUGCAACUGUCGAGAUAAGGACGUGUGCGACAGAGUCACUGGAAUAUGCCCACAUGGAUGUCCACCUGGUUUCACGUCAGGCACUUGUAAAGAAGUAUGCCCUAAAGGCACAUAUGGAGAUGAAUGUCAUCACAACUGUCAUUGUAUUAACGACACUUGCAACCCAGUUUAUGGUCAUUGUGCUCAUGGAUGUGUUGCUGGAUAUCGGGGUAAAAGCUGUCAAGAAUUCUGCCACGAAGGCACAUAUGGACUACAUUGCACCAAAACAUGUAGAUGUUCUGAUUAUGACGCCUGCAACCCGAUUCAUGGUGCAUGUCCUAGAGGCUGUUUACAUGGAUAUGGGGGUUUCGACUGUCAGGAACCAUGUGCACCCGGGACUUAUGGUUAUGAUUGUACAGGAGUUUGCAACUGUCGUGAUAAUGCUACUUGUUACAUAAUGAAUGGUAACUGUUCAAAUGGAUGCGAAAUCACCUACACAGGAGCUGAUUGUCAGACUCCAACGUAUAUAUUCGAACUUAUUGGAACCGGAAUACUAGUGUGUCUAGUUUUAAUAGCUGUGUGUGUCUACUGCUGUAUAUCAAUGGUUUCCAAGAAACGAAAGGCUGAGAAAGAAAAGAACCCCCAAAAGUUUAAAGAGAAGCCUGAAAAAAAAACCAAAGCUGAGAAGAGUAAAGAAAAACGCGAAAAAAAACCGAAACCUGAGAAGACUAAAGAGAAGCCUGAAAAAAAAGAAAAAGCGAAAAUUGAUAAGGCUAAACAGAAACCUGAAAAAAGAGAAAAAGAGAAAACUGAUAAGGCUAAACAGAAACCUGAAAAAAAAGAAAAAGAGAAAUCUGAUAAGGCUAAACAGAAACCCGAAAAAAAAGAAAAAGAGAAAACUGAUAAGGCUAAACAGAAACCCGAAAAAAAAGAAAAAGAGAAAACUGAUAAAGCUAAACAGAAACCCGAAAAAAAAGAAAAAGAGAAAACUGAUAAGGCUAAACAGAAACCCGAAAAAAAAGAAAAAGAGAAAACUGAUAAGGCUAAACAGAAACCUGAAAAGAAAGAAAAAGAGAAAACUGAUAAGGCUAAACAGAAACCUGAAAAGAAAGAAAAAGAGAAAUCUGAUAAGGCUAAACAGAAACCUGAAAAAAUAGAAAAAGAGAAAAUUGAUAAGGCUAAACAGAAACCUGAAAAGAAAGAAAAAGAGAAAACUGAUAAGGCUAAACAGAAACCUGAAAAGAAAGAAAAAGAGAAAACUGAUAAGGCUAAACAGAAACCUGAAAAAAAAGAAAAAGAGAAAACUGAUAAGGCUAAACAGAAACCUGAAAAGAAAGAAAAAGAGAAAUCUGAUAAGGCUAAACAGAAACCUGAAAAAAUAGAAAAACAGAAAAUUGAUAAGGCUAAACAGAAACCUGAAAAAAUAGAAAAAGAGAAAACUGAUAGGGCUAAAGAAAAGCCAAGUAAAACUAAAAAAGAUGAUAAAACACAGAAAACCAAAAAAGCCCCAAAACCUGAGAGUAAAGAAAAGCCAAAGGAAACAAAGAAGCCUGAGAGCAAAGAGAAACCCCAAAAAAAGCCUAAAGUUGAGGAUCAACAAAAACCUGAUAAAGCACGGAAACCCGAGGGUAAAGAGAGACUCGAAAUGGCACGGAAACCUGAGAGUAAAGAGGAACGUGAAAAAGCCCGAAAACCCGAGAGUAAAGAGAGACCCGAAACGGCACAGAGACCCGAGAGUAAAGAAGAACGUGAAAAAGCAUGGAAAGCUGAGAGUAAAGGGAGGCCUGAAACGGCACGGAGACCCGAGGGCAAAAAGGAAUGGUUAAAAGCAUGGAAAGCUGAGAGUAAAGGGAGGACUGAAACGGCACGGAGACCCGAGAGUAAAGAGGAAUGGUUAAAAGCAUGGAAAGCUGAGAGUAAAGGGAGGCCUGAAACGGCACGGAGACCCGAGGGCAAAGAGGAACGGGAAAAAGCAUGGAAAGCUGAGAGUAAAGGGAGGCCUGAAAUGGCACGGAUACCCGAGAGUAAAGAGGAAUGGUUAAAAGCAUGGAAAGCUGAGAGUAAAGGGAGGACUGAAACGGCACGGAGACCCGAGGGCAAAGAGGAACGGGAAAAAGCAUGGAAAGCUGAGAGCAAAGGGAGGCCUGAAAUGGCACGGAUACCCGAGAGUAAAGAAGAACGGGAAAAAGCAUGGAAAGCUGAGAGUAAAGAGAGGCCUGAAACGGCAUGGAGACCCGAGGGUAAAGAGGAAUGGUUAAAAGCAUGGAAAGCUGAGAGUAAAGGGAGGACUGAAAAGGCACGGACACCCGAGAGUAAAGAGGAAUGGUUAAAAGCAUGGAAAGCUGAGAGUAAAGGGAGGACUGAAAAGGCACGGAGACCUGAGGGCAAAGAGGAACGGGAAAAAGCAUGGAAAGCUGAGAGUAAAGGGAGGCCUGAAAUGGCACGGAUACCCGAGAGUAAAGAGGAAUGGGGAAAACCCCAGAGAGCUGAUAUUAAAGACUGGCCUGAAAAAGAACGAAUACCUGAAAGCAAAGCGAGACCUUUUAGUAAAGCGAUACGCGACAUAGCUGAUAAAAAAGAAAAAGCUGCGAAAAUACAUUUUCCUGAAAAAACACCAAAAAUUAGUAGAAUAGAGUCACUUGAAAGCAAAAAGAUAUCUGAGCAUUUCCAGGUACCUGGGAAAACACAAAAGACUGAGAGAACGCCAAUAUCUGAAAGAAUACAGAUUUCUGAAGAUAAACAGGUAUCCGAUAAAACACAAAUUCAUGCAAAAACACCAAAAACUGGUAAAAUACACACUGAUUAUUAUCAAGUACCUGAGAGAUCGCAGAAAUCAAUAACAAUCCAGAUUCCGGAAGAUAAACAGAUAUUUGAGAGAAUACGAACUCCUGAAAAACAACCAAAAACUUGGAAAAUAAAGCUACCUGGGUUUAAUAGGAUAUCUAAGUUUUUCCAGAAACGUAGGGAGGUACAGAUUCCUGAAUGUAAAGAGAUAUCUGAAGAAAUGUCCGAGGAGACACCGAAAGAGGAGGCCAAGCAGGCAACUGGGGAGUUAUCUAAAUAUUUUCAUAUAUCUGAGUAUGGGCUGAUACCUAGGACAAAAAUAAUUGGAUUACCUAAGGACCAUGUGAGGUUUGAAGACGAAAUUACUUCUAGUUAUCGGCCAUUAAGUGAUCCACCAAUUAUGAAAUACAUAAAACAACAAUUGCAACUGUCUGAACCGUUUUUAGAUGACUUUUUGACGUUACCAAAAGGCCUAAUCCACCCUACUAAAGCGGCUAGUAAGACAGUGAACACAGGAAAAAACCGCGACAAAUCUAUACUUCCAUAUGAUCAUUCUCGCAUAAUUCUGCAUCCAGAUGAGAUAUCAUAUUCAGAUUACAUUAAUGCAUCCUAUUUAAACAAUCGGAAGUACAUAAUAACUCAAGGGCCUCUAAAAGAAACCAUUGUAGAUUUUUGGAGAAUGAUAUGGCAACAAGAAUGUACAACGAUUAUCAUGUUUCAGAAUAUGAAGAAAAAGGAAAGAUAAAAAAUAUUCAGUACUGGCCAAAUGUCACAGAAACAGUGGAGUAUGGUUUAAUGAAAAUUAAAACCAUUAGUAUAGCUACAAACGCAGUCUACGAAAAGAGGAAAUUCCACA